CCGAGGGGCUGUUCAGAGCGCUGCGGGGCUGGAGCUACCGCCGCCCUCCCCAGCCGCUAUUUUCGGCCCCGGUGACUCCCGUACCGAAGCGGGGGGGGCGGUGCUGGCGGCCGCUCCGCCUCCCCUCACAGCGGCGGGGAUGGCGGCGGCGGCGGCGGAGGAGGAGGGCGCGGACGAGGCGGAGCUGGGCCUGCUGGAGUGCCGGGUGUGCUUCGAGCGGUACGGCCCCAGCGGGCAGCGCCGGCCGCGGAACCUGCCCUGCGGCCACGUCCUCUGCCGGGGCUGCCUGGAGGCCUUGGGAGGGCCCGAGGGCCGCCGGCUGGAGUGUCCCUUCUGCCGCCGGGCCUGCGGCCGGGCCGAGACCAGCGACUGCCUGCCGCUGCUGCAGCUGCUGGAGCUGCUGGGCCCCGCCGGCCGCAGUCUCCCCUCCGCCUUGGGGAGGAGCAGAGGGGCGGCCGGGCCGGCCCCCGCCGGCCUGGGGCUCCGGUUGUCCCUUGGGGGCUGGGGGUCGUUGGUCAACCCCAGCGGGGUGGCGGCCUGCCGGAGGUCGGGGCGCCUGGCGGUGGCACACGAUGGGAAGAAGAGGAUCCACGUCUUUGGGCCGAGCGGAUCCUGCCUGCGGCGGUUCGGGGAGCGGGGGGACGCGGGCAACGAUAUCAAGUACCCGCUUGACGUGACCGUCACCUGGGACGGGCAUGUGGUGGUCACCGAUGGCGGGGACCGCUCCGUGAAGGCCUUUGAUUUUGAGGGAAGGGGGGUCCUGGCCGUCCGGGAAGGUUUCUGUUUGCCAUGGGGCUUGGAUUCCACCCCCGAGAGUGAAGUUAUCCUCACCGACGCGGAGGCGGGAGCUCUCUACCGCUUAACGGCCGACUUCCAGAAGGGGGAAUUAAAGAAGUGUCGGAUGAUCCGGUCUCAGCUCGUCAGCCCGAGAGGGGUUGCAGUCUCCCAGACCUCGGGUGCCAUCGCGGUCAUCGAGCACCUGAAAGCUCAAGGACCCAACAAGGGCAGAACCCGAGUGAAGAUAUUCAGUGCGGAGAUGGAUCUCAUCGGCCAGACGGAUAGCUUCGGCCUCAACCUCGUUUUCCCCUCCAAAAUAUAUACUACAGCUGUGGCCUUUGACAAAGAUGGUCGGGUUAUAGUCACGGAUGUCUGUAACCAGGCCGUAAUAUCCUUAGGAAAACCUGAGGAGUUUCCCAUCUUUAACCCUCUAAUUAGCCACGGGCUUUCCUAUCCCGUGGGACUGACUUACAUGGCAAACAAUUUCCUCGCCGUCUUAGACAGCGGUGAUCAUUCAGUAAAAAUAUACAGCUCCACCUGAGUGUGUUUAGAUGCUUACGGCUGUAGGUUCAAGCUGCUUUUCACCACAAAGCACGCGAAGCCCUGGUGUCUGCGGGCGUGCAGGGAGGAGGCAUUUUCUGGGCUUCACUUGAAGUGAAAUUGCCCUCUUUGACCAACACGCUGCGCGUCUGCAGAGGUUACCUCCAAUCUCUUGCCUCUCCGCAGGAGAAGCCCUGGCUGUGGCAGGCUGUAGUCAGCCAUAAAUCAACCAAACAAAUAAUUUGGCAUUUUAAAACCACUCCAUACCUUGUCAGCCACGUGGUCUUGGUAAUUUUUGACCAUGUAAUAACGAGAUUUGGAAUGGAGUAAUGAAAGACUGGUACCAGGGAGAGAAAGUGAUGCCUUGUUUGUUUACCUUUCCCAGCGCGAAGUCUCUAUUAUUCUUCGUUAAGCAGAGCUGCACCCUAAUUAGAGUGACAAGAGUGGUUUGUUUCCAGGAUUUCUGCAUGAGAAAGGAGACUUGCUUGAUGAAAUGAUAGGAAAAAUGGAAGCUUUGGCUCAAGGUGGUCUGAAUCCAGCUAAGAUCAC